AUGAACCAAGUCCCCAUCAACAAUCUUCAGAAAGCAAAAUACUCGAAGCCUCCAAUAGCAAUCCCUGAAGAAAAGACCCCUGAAACGGCUGAGCAAGCUGAAAUUAAUCAGUUAAAAACUAAAAGAGAGCAAGAAGAACAACAAAUAGCUCAAAGGCAGAAAGAGAAUAUUGAAAACCUCAAAAAGAUGCUGAAUCAGCCAGAUAGCAAGGACAUUGUCAUUGAGGACCAAGAAGCUGAAAAGAAAACUACACCUAAAGUGAAGCCUCCUCCCACAAAGGAUUCCAUAGAGAAUUUAAAGGACAAAUUAGACUCCCAAAAAGAGGAGCAGAGAAAUCAUCAGCAAAAUAAUCAAGAUUUGUGAGAAAAAGAAGAGAAAAAAAAACCUAACAGACAUGAAAAUUCUAAGAUCUUUAAAACUCCUAGUCAUGAAACUCUCAAAGAGACCCUUUCAAAUCCAAAUUUCACUCCUGAAAAAGCAACUCUUGAAAAAUCUGAGUCUCAUCAACUAGAAGAGGUCCCAGAAAAACCAAUUCUCAAGAACGAGCUUUCGAAGAAAGCUCGUUCCAAAUCAAGGCAGAAGAAGGCUCUUCCAAAAACUAUUAAGAGGGUAUUUCCUCACUGUACAGACUUGAAAACAUGGAAGAAAAAGAAUAGGUUGCCUCAAAAAUUAAAGAUUUUCAAGAUGUUUGGAGGCUACCAGACUAUCAAAAAUACCCUUUAUGAUAAAGGCUGGAUCGAGAACAUGGACAAAAGCAGUGCCUGCUUUGACCUUCUGUGGACUAUCAAGCAGAGGGACAUCAACUUUGACACUCUGAGAGAUGGCCAAGUAGUUAACCAUUUCAAGAAUAAUGGAGUUAUCACCACCAAAAUAGGACUUUGCAGGAACAUCGGCAAAGUUCUUAACUUUAACAACGUUGAUGUUGACACCUUCUUCCCAAAAUGCUUCGCACUCAAAGACGAAGGAGAGUGGGAAGAAUUCCUACUCUACUACAAGCUUUGUAAAGCAGAAGGAAUAUUGAAAAAAUUCAAAAAUAAAGAGAUCGUUGACCCUGACAUGCUAGACGUCGCCAUGACAGUUUGUAGAAGAAACCUUCUUGAACUUGACGAUAUUAUUGAUAAGCCUUUCAAAAGUCUCAUUUCAGAUGAUGAGUGGAAAAUACUCAAGAAGAGCGAGAAAAGAUCCAAAAAGAACAACAGGGGAAAGAAGACGACAAGUUUAGUCCCAGUGAAGCGGAGUAAUAUUCAUCAGUCUCCAAAGCCUAUCCCAAAUAUUCUUAAUUCAAAAAGAGAUCCAAGCUACAAAUCUCCGAGUAUUGUCAAUCUGAAGUUGCCUGAGAUAGAGAAAUCUAAACUUUAUAGCACAGUUAAAGAGACUAAAGGGUUCUUUACAGAUUCCCAGGUUAAGAAAGAAGUCUUGAAAUCAAUGAUCGAGACUCAGAGACCUGUAGAAACCUUUCUGAAGGAGAAAUCUCUUGAUCAGCCAGAAGUAGUCCAAAACAACCCUCCUGAUAUGAAGAAGCCAUCUCAAACCAGCUUGAUGAGUGACAUAAAUACAAUCUGUGAGAGACUUGGCCAAAAAUUCCCCCAAUUCCACAUAAAUGGAGAAAAAUAAUAUAUGGAUUAUCAAACCAGCUGGACUCUCACGUGGAAGAGGCAUCCAAGUGUUCAGCAAUCUUGAUGAUAUCAUCGAGUAUACUCGAGGAAAGGAGAAGAACUGGAUUGCUCAAAAGUAUAUUGAGAACCCCAUGAUCGUCAACCAAAGGAAAUUUGACUUAAGAAUUUGGGUGUUUGUAUCUGACCUCAACCCCUUGACCAUCUGGUUCUGGAACAAACCCUAUGUGAGAUUCCCUGCUGCAGACUAUAAUGCUGAAAAUCUCAAAGAUAGAUUCGUACAUUUGACUAAUAAUUCAGUAGCUAAGUAUGCUAAAAACGUUGAAGUUAUCGGAGACGGGAACAUGUGGUACAUCGAAGAGCUCUCAGAUUAUCUAAAAUCUCAAUACGGCAGGGAUGUCUGGAAUGAAGAAAUCAAGGAAAAAGUAAAGAACAUCAUUAUUUAUUCCCUCCAAUCAGUGCAAGACCUCCUUGACACUAGAAAAGGUUCAACAGAGAUGUUGGGUUAUGAUAUUAUGAUUGACGAAAAUAUGACUCCAUGGCUAAUCGAAGUAAACUCGAGCCCAACAAUGGAGUUUAGUACUGGUGUAACCACCCACUUAGCCACUAAUGUCAUGCAAUCUGUUGUAAAAAUCCUUUCAGAUUACGUGAUGGCUCCAAAAGGAGCAAACAAAAAAGACAUAGACACAGGAGAUUUUGAAUUAAUUCACAAAGGGAAAAAGAUAACAGAAAAUGGAAUAAAUAAAUUCGGACUAGAUUUUUGCUGAGAAGGCAGAAGAAUUUAUCAUUAAUUAUUCUUCUUAGUUAAAUCAACUUUGCUUUCUUUAUUC